AUGGAUCGAUUGUUCAACUGGCUCAAAAGAAGAGGAGAUCAUAACAUCGUUUCUUAUUCUCGAUUUGGUUUACCUGGGGAAGAGCAGGAUGAUAAACCUCCUCCAACAACAGUACAUGUAGCUCCGUUCGAUGAAGACAGUAGAGAUUUUCUAGCAUUUGGAACACAUUGUCAACGAGCUGCAGUAAUAUCCGUUGGCAUUGGAAAGUCUUUAACAAUUUUCAUCGUCUUGUCAUUCUUUUUCGAAUUUGAUUGGUACAGUCACAACAAAGGAGUCGAUGUCAGUGCUUUGAUUGGAUUACUCCUCUUUCUUAUUGGAGGCCUAGCCAUCCAUUGGGGGGUGAUCAAGGGUAUAAAAAUGUGCGACUCCAAGCUUCUUGUCCCAUUCAUCGUCGUUUAUAUAACAAUAAUAGUUGUUGAAAGCUGUUUGUUCAUUUUCAUCAUAAACCACUGGUUGGCUUUGAACUAUUUGAACCAACUCCGUAGGCAGGAACCUGAGAGUUUCACGGCUGCCUGCAUUCUUUAUAUGGUUUUACUGUUGGUUCAUGGAUCCAUGUUAUAUUCUGUAACUAGAUGUCGAAACUACUUGGAUCGAAAGAACGUUCAUAAUUUGGAGAUGAGGCUUGUUGAGAGAAUUAAGCAACAAUACCCUGGGAUCAACGUAGUAUAUGGAGCUGGUGAUCCAGUUGUCCCAAAUAUAGGAGUAGCUACAACAACAGUGGAUGAAACCGAUACAGUUCACGAAUCGAGGGAAAAUGCAAAUAACUUGUCGGCACCUCAACGAACAAUUCUGAGGGCUGAGGAUGAAUUAAUUUAG